GCCGUGGGCCGGGGCAGUGCGUGCGGUGCCACGGAAGGAUCUUCCGAGGGUCUCGCCGGCCCUCGCGGCGCCGAGGCCGAAGCAGCCCGGGCGCGAUACGGGGCUGUGCCGCCCCGUCAGCGUUCACCUGCCCCCGCUGAGUUGACAGGCUCCAAUCCCGGGCUCCCGCAGCAGCUCCCGACUUGCCGCACCAGAGCGGCGGCAGGGCCAGGGUCCUCAGCCGGGGGCACCGUUAGCCCUCGCCCGCCUGUCCCUGGCCGGGGCGCCUCUUCCCGCGGCCGUCCCGCCCCGGGGAGGGGGCAGCGGCCGCCUCCGGCCACACCUGUGGCGCAGCGGCAGAGGAAGCGCCCGGGGUCGGCGCAGACGGGUCGGCGCCCUAAGGCACCAUGACGGUGGGUGCGCGGCUGGGCGCCAAGGUGCGGGGCAGGUUCUCCCGCCGCGGGGCCGGCGACGACCAGGUCUCCAUCCUGCCCGGCGAGGAGGAGGCGGCGGCGGCGGCGGGGGACGGGCGCGGCGCGGGGGCCCCGCGGCCGGCGGCGCUGCAGGAGGAGGGGGAGGGAGCUGGGUGCAGGAAGGUUCGCUUCGCCGUCCUGCCCGGCUCCUACGAGCCGCUGCGCCCGCCGCGGGCUCCCGGCAAGAGGCCCUACGGGAAGCGCCUGAAGAAGUACGGAAAGAAUGUUGGGAAGGUUCUGCAGAAAGGUUGUCACUACUUGGUGGUCGGCCUGCAAGGAUUAGCAGCAGCCUAUUCUGCUCCCUUUGGAGUGUCAGCACAUGUGGCAUCCUUCGUCCGCUAGCGCCGCUCCCUGUGCCCCACGGAAGAGGACAUGAGGCCUUUGCUGCUUUCUCAGGAUUAAAUUUGAGACCUGGAUCUGAAAAACCUCUUGGACCAACAGCCCUGAGCCCCUGCACCAGGCCCUUUCCAAGACUGAGAGCUCUUCUCUGAAAAAAAUUCCGGUGCUCUGUAAAAUCAGAUUGGGUCAAAAAAAUGUAAGGAUGAGAAAAUAAUCUUUGAAUAAUUGAACUUAAGUUUGUUUUCAGGAAUGAGUUGGUUUUCCAGAGCUUCCUGCUGUGUGGAAGGGAGCCAAGGAUGGAUGGAAAAGCAAGUAGAUGAGGGAGAGAGAAAUGAAGGAAAACAGAGGAUGGCAGAGCAGCUGGAGAGGUGGAGAUGAGUUUGGGUAGUGAGAGGAAUUGUCAAAGCAGUGGAGGAAACAGAUAAUAGAGGAUUAGGAAAAGAUAGUCUUGGUUUUCUGAGAUUCUGAGUUCGUUGUGUUUUUUUAUCUGAGAGGGUUAAGAUUAUGAGUGUACUUAAAAAUGUACUUGGACAUAAAUGGAAUGUGGCCUGAGACACGGAGAGCUUUGCUGCUUCAUGGUUGUUAAUUUCAAACCCUGGACAUAAUGAGCCUUUAAAUAAUCAUGAGAAAGAUGUAAAAAUACAGAAAGAAAAUGAGGGGUGUGUUUGUGAUUUUGCAGCAUUAAAGGCUCACUGUGAGAUUAACAUUUUAAAUUCUUCCUCUGCUACUAUGAAAUCUGCAUAUAUUUGUUUACUGGGAAUGGAAUUUAUAUGUGAUGUACUUGAUUCUGGAAGCUGGGGCAUUUUACACCUAAUUCUGUGGUGUUCACCAGGGGAAAAACAAUUGAUUGCCAGCUGCAUCUGAGAAAAAAAAAAAUACAUACAGGCUUUGGUAUAAGAAUGUACAGAUGUGAUGUAUGAGAAUGGGGCCAAAUAACCUGCCAGCUCUAUCAUAAUUUCUGAACCUGGAAGCUGUAAGCAGAUGAUGUCAAUAUCAGAUGGCUCAGCUCAAUGCUGCAGAUGCAGCAGCUUCCAUGUCACACCUCCAGGGACAUAAGUCGUAUGUUGAUGACACAGGAAGAAGGUGGUUUAUGGGCCUUAAAAUUUUUGUGGGUUUUGUUUGUUUCUAUCAGUCUUUUGUGGUAGUCGUAAAUUACUUCCCUGCUAGUACUUUCUCUGUAUUAUAUAUCUUUCUAGUUUUGAUGGUGUUUUUGUAAUCAAGGAGUUGACUUAACUGGAAAAAAAAUGCUGUUCACUUGCUUUCUUUGCCUUUUCAGAACAAAGGAGUUAGUAUGUCUUGGCAAACCACACUGUAUUUCUUUUAAAUGUAGCAAAUUAAUCAGAUGAGAGGGGUGGGGCGGGGUGUUAUGCUCUUUUCUAACUGGACUGUAAAUAAAUGCCACAAGAUCCA